GAUGUUUUAAAAAAUAUAUAGUCAUGUUAAAACUAAGGAACUUGCCCUACUAUUCUAUGAGUUUCAUGGGGCAUCCCAACUAUUGUGCACAUACCAGGAAACAAGUGGAAAGAGAUCUUUUGGCACCUCUAGUGUCUACUCUUUUCUAAUCGAAUGUUUUUUAAGCCAUGAGUUGUAACCCAUCAGUUGAUCCUGAAAUCUACUCACUGAUUUGGUUAUCAUCACUCAAAAAUUAAAUAUAAUAAAACAGAAAAUAGAAUAUAUUACAUUUAUAUGAGUAACUAUUGCUUUCUGAAACUUUUGUUCUGGUUGUGUAUAUGUGUACAUAGUAAUAAAGCCCAUUCAAUCCAUCCUCCAAGCAACACCAGAACUGUCUUUCUAAAGACACAUCCAAAAAAGCCAUUAUUGGCCUCAAACUCUUCUCUCAGUUCCUAUAACAGCCAGAAUAAUGUCUAUGCUUUCUUUUGAGGUCAUUCAAGAUCCUUUACCCAACUCUUCCCCCGUGGUCCUCCUACUUGUGAUUUCAGAAAAUGACAUCACCAUCUACUCAGUUGCUCAAGCUCAAAACCAGGGACUGUUGGCAAACAAAGAAAAUCAACUGGGAAAAUGAAGACCUGCUGGAAAAUUCCAGUUUUCUUCUUUGUGUGCAGUUUCCUGGAACCCUGGGCAUCUGCAGCUGUCAAGCGUCUCCCCAGAUUCCCUGUCAAUUCCAAUUCUAAUGGUGGAAAUGAACUCUGUCCAAAGAUCAGGAUUGGCCAAGAUGACUUACCAGGGUUUGAUCUGAUCUCUCAGUUCCAGGUAGAUAAAGCAGCAUCUAGAAGAGCUAUCCAGAGAGUAGUGGGAUCAGCUACAUUGCAGGUGGCUUACAAGUUGGGAAAUAAUGUAGACUUCAGGAUUCCAACUAGGAAUUUAUAUCCCAAUGGACUGCCUGAAGAAUACUCCUUCUUGACAACGUUUCGAAUGACUGGAAGCACACUCAAAAAGAACUGGAACAUUUGGCAGAUUCAGGAUUCCUCUGGGAAGGAGCAAGUUGGCAUAAAGAUUAAUGGCCAAACACAAUCUGUUGCAUUUUCAUACAAGGGACUGGAUGGAAGUCUCCAAACGGCAGCCUUUUCGAAUUUGCCCGCCUUGUUUGAUUCCCAGUGGCAUAAGAUCAUGAUUGGCGUGGAGAGGAGUAGUGCUACUCUUUUUGUUGACUGCAACAGGAUUGAAUCUUUACCUAUAAAGCCAAGAGGCCCAAUUGACAUUGAUGGCUUUGCUGUGCUGGGAAAACUUGCAGAUAAUCCUCAAGUUUCUGUUCCAUUUGAACUUCAAUGGAUGCUGAUCCAUUGUGACCCCCUGCGGCCCAGGAGAGAAACUUGCCAUGAGCUGCCAGCCAGAAUAACGCCCAGCCAGACCACCGACGAGAGAGGUCCGCCGGGCGAGCAGGGUCCUCCCGGGCCUCCAGGCCCCCCUGGAGUUCCAGGCAUCGAUGGCAUCGACGGUGACCGAGGUCCUAAGGGCCCCCCGGGCCCCCCGGGUCCUGCAGGUGAACCGGGAAAGCCAGGAGCACCAGGCAAGCCAGGCACACCUGGCGCUGAUGUGAGUAGGCGAGUGCUGGGAGGGCGCCCAGCCUGGACUGUGUGGUGGGGAUUAACAGGACCUGAUGGAUCCCCUGGCUCUGUUGGGCCAAAGGGACAAAAAGGAGAACCUGGUGUGCCUGGAUCGCGUGGAUUUCCAGGCCGUGGUAUUCCUGGACCCCCUGGUCCUCCUGGGACAGCAGGACUCCCUGGAGAGCUUGGCCGUGUAGGGCCUGCUGGUGACCCUGGGAGAAGAGGACCACCUGGCCCCCCCGGCCCCCCAGGACCCAGUGGAACAAUUGGCUUUCAUGAUGGCGAUCCAUUGUGUCCCAAUGCCUGUCCACCAGGUCGCUCAGGAUAUCCAGGCCUACCAGGCAUGAGGGGUCAUAAAGGGGCUAAAGGAGAAAUUGGUGAACCAGGAAGACAAGGACACAAGGGUGAAGAAGGUGACCAGGGAGAACUGGGAGAAGUUGGAGCUCAAGGACCUCCAGGAGCCCAGGGUUUGAGAGGCAUCACCGGCAUAGUUGGGGACAAAGGGGAAAAAGGUGCUCGGGGCUUAGAUGGAGAACCUGGGCCUCAGGGUCUUCCUGGUGCACCUGGUGAUCAAGGACAGCGAGGACCUCCAGGAGAAGCAGGUCCCAAAGGAGAUAGAGGGGCUGAAGGUGCUAGAGGAAUUCCUGGUCUCCCUGGGCCCAAAGGAGACACGGGUUUGCCAGGUGUGGAUGGCCGUGAUGGGAUCCCUGGAAUGCCUGGAACAAAGGGUGAACCAGGAAAACCUGGGCCUCCUGGUGAUGCGGGAUUGCAGGGGUUACCAGGUGUACCUGGAAUUCCUGGUGCAAAAGGUGUUGCUGGUGAAAAGGGUAGCACAGGUGCUCCAGGGAAGCCUGGUCAGAUGGGAAAUUCAGGCAAACCGGGCCAACAGGGGCCUCCAGGAGAGGUGGGACCCCGAGGACCCCGAGGGCUUCCUGGCAGUAGAGGAGAAUUAGGACCAGUGGGAUCCCCAGGCCUACCAGGUAAACUGGGUUCUCUGGGUAGCCCUGGCCUCCCUGGCUUGCCUGGGCCCCCUGGACUUCCUGGAAUGAAAGGCGACAGGGGUGUAGUCGGUGAACCGGGUCCAAAAGGUGAACAGGGUGCCUCUGGUGAAGAAGGUGAAGCAGGAGAAAGGGGGGAACUUGGAGAUAUAGGAUUACCUGGGCCAAAGGGAUCUGCAGGUAAUCCUGGGGAACCUGGCUUGAGAGGGCCUGAGGGAAGUCGGGGGCUUCCUGGAGUGGAAGGACCAAGAGGACCACCUGGACCCCGGGGCGUGCAGGGAGAACAGGGUGCCACUGGCCUGCCUGGUGUUCAGGGCCCUCCGGGUAGAGCACCGACAGAUCAGCAUAUUAAGCAGGUUUGCAUGAGAGUCAUACAAGAGCAUUUUGCUGAGAUGGCUGCUAGUCUUAAGCGUCCAGACUCGGGUGCCACUGGGCUCCCUGGAAGGCCUGGCCCUCCUGGUCCCCCCGGCCCUCCUGGAGAGAAUGGUUUCCCAGGCCAGAUGGGAAUUCGUGGCCUUCCGGGCAUUAAGGGGCCCCCUGGUGCUCUUGGUUUGAGGGGACCUAAAGGUGACUUGGGAGAAAAGGGGGAGCGUGGCCCUCCAGGAAGAGGUCCCAAAGGUUUGCCUGGAGCUAUAGGUCUCCCAGGUGACCCAGGCCCUGCCAGCUAUGGCAGAAAUGGCCGAGAUGGUGAGCGAGGCCCCCCAGGGGUGGCAGGAAUUCCUGGAGUGCCUGGACCCCCGGGACCUCCUGGGCUUCCCGGUUUCUGUGAGCCAGCCUCCUGCACCAUGCAGGCUGGUCAGCGAGCAUUUAGCAAAGGGCCUGACCCUUGAAAGGCUCAGUGCUGCAUGGCUGUCUGCAUGAACCACGCCUGGUGAAGGAGCUUGGGUGAGAAACACCAUCCAAAGCUGGGGAAAAGAUGAUUACCUUCAGCAUGAUUACAAUGUAUUACCUUCAGUAUGAUUACAGAAGUCCUACUUGACAAUCACAUUUAGAAGAACGGUGCUAUUCAGUAAGUUCUCUUUCCUUUCCCUUGGAGGGAAGACAGCAGAGUCAUCAGUUAAAAAGAAAAAGAAAACCAAACACCUCCCUUGAAUAAAUUUAUACUCCUGUUCCCAGGAUCUUGAGCUUUAGUGUGCUAUACCUAUGUGUCUUAUCGUGGGCCACUGUGCCAAUAAACAAAAACAACUGUUUGGUUUACCUCAGUUGCAGUAGUUAUUUUCAUUUAGAUGUUGUUCUCAGAUUAUUGUUUCAGUUCUAUAGAGGAUUACUAGACUAGUUAUGAAGAAACCCCACUACAUUCAAUGGAAUUGGUGCUUAAAAUCCCAUCGAUGUGCUGUCUCUGGAGUGAUAAGAAAGGGCUACAUCGCCCGAAAUGAUUUCUUUACAUCACGUAUUGGUUUCCUUCUUCAGCUUGAACUUUUGUUGAACUGUAUGUACUUUACCCCAAACCUGUUAAUAUUUUGAGCGCUUCUAUGUGAAAGUGAAGAAAUAAUUUGAAUACUCUGGCAUUCAUAAAUUUUAUUGAUGAGAUUAUUUAUUUUAAGGGUUUGAGGUAACAUCUCUGGUUGUACCAAAGAAGAAAUAAAUAUGGUUUCUUAA